AUGUACUAUUAUGGUCGGGAUGGUGAUUACUGGGCCAAAGGGGUUAAAGCGCUGCCUGUGCCGAUUGGCCGGGUGGGGCUCGCCGUCAGCAGGGAUGGGGUGACGUGGCAGCGCGUGAGAGGGCCGUUGCCUGGUGGUGCUGUGCUGGAUCCUGCUCAGUCUGACGAGGCUUUUGACAGUGUCCACGUGGCAGUUGGUGACGUUUUUCAUGCGUGGAGUACAGAACACGUUGCUGAUGAUGAGUCAGAUUCAGCUGAUGAUGAGUCAGCAUGUGCUAUUGACGAUCCGGCAUCAUGCGCUAGUGCUCCUGGUAGCACAGGCACCAGCAGUGCUGCAGUUGCCACCGACAGCACCAACCGCAGCAGCAGCAGCAGCAGCAGCAGCAGCAGCAGGCAGCAAGAAUGGUGCAUGUUCUACUCUGGGGGCAGUCUAAAACUCUCUGACCUGCCCGGACUGCCCGGAGUGAAAGCACAGGGUGCAGAGAUUCAAAUAGGAGCAGCGUGGUCGCGGGAUGGAGUGCACUUUAACGUCAGGACAGAGACGCCUCUGCUGGAAAAGGGUGCCCCAGGGGAGUGGGAUCAGUUUGGCGUGUCGUGGCCUCGUGUCGAUGAGCAGGGGAAGGCAGGCUACUCUGCUGGUGCUGCUGUGUCGCAUGAUGGUGGCAGGACCUGGCAGCGUCUGGGGAAGGUGCUGUCAGGAGGGGGACCAGAGUCAUGGGACGAGCAGGGAGUGUCUGUCCGCAGUGUUGUGGCGGUGCCAGCUGGCAAAGCAGGGCCGAGUACCGAUGGUCAUGCUGCCGCUGCUGCUGCUGCAUCUGGUGGUAACCCUGGGGUUGCUGCAACAUCAGGCGCAGAGGCAGUAGAGUCGGGCGAAGCUGAAGCACCUGCAGCAUGCACUCGCCUCAUCAUGCUGUACGAAGGCUGCAACGCCAGCAACGAGUUUGCCAUUGGCCUUGCCACGUCGGACGACGGCGGGCUGACGUGGCACAAGGCCAUUGUUGCAGGUCCCGAGCCAGGUGGACCGGUGUUGAGGGCCAGAAGUGGGGAGGAGGCGUGGGAUAACAUCCUUGUGGGGGCACCUUACGUGGUUGCCCGCGCGGAUGGCAGCCUUUGGAUGUAUUAUGUGGGGGUGGGGAAGAUGCAAGGGGAUGAGGCCCCCAGGCAAGGGAUUGGGCUGGCUGUGAGCUGCGGCAGUGACUACACUAGGUGGGAAAGAUACAAGUGUACAUAA